AGCUUACGCAAUGACAGCAUUGUGUAGAAAGGACUUGUGCGUCGCUGUCAUGUGACUCGGAGGCAUGAGUCGACAUUUUGGCUUUGGGCAAGAAUGUGGUUGCUGAGUAGAGGCGCAGCCUGCAGUUGUUGGAAAGUAUGUUGGAACCAUCUACUGUUAGUACCUGCCUAUCUCCAGCAGUUCACUAUAUGAUCUGCAAGGUUGGAUUUGAGCUGCAGGGCAGUUAUGAUAUCAGAAGAAUCCUAACUAUAGACAAUGAAGUGUGCUGGGAGGCUCUCAGUGAGAAUAUGUGUUAUAAAGCUACAGGGGAGUUUCUGGAUUUUAUACAAAGCAUCAGGCAGCUGGGACCGUUGUGUCAAGCAGUCCAUACACAUUUCACAUCACUUUCCUCUACAGAGUUUGAAGAACAGUUUGGAUGGUGCUUCCACUGGACUGAAAAUACAGAGUUAUUUCUUAGAGCUUUUAAAGCACUGAAGAGCUUAAGCGGUGUUAAUAUCUCCCUGAGUAUGAUGAAAGUGACAUCAUGUUUAGAGAGAUCACUGGGUGAUGUUUAUUUAAUGGUUGGGAAGGAAUGUCCUUUCUUACUAAGAGAUCUGCUGGCAUCUACAGAACUGGCUGCAAUCCUCAGUAAACCAGUGAUGGAUGUGCUAAAGGUAUUCCUAGGCUCACCAGAAAGCCUUAAUCUUCGAAACAUACUGUGGCAUGGAUUUGCAUCUCCUGAUGAUAUUCCGGCCAAGUAUUGUUCCACCCUUUUGCUAUUAACAGCUGGGUUAGGACAGCUGCUAAAAACCUACCUCUCCCUAACCCAUUUGCCACUUGAACAUAGACCUUACUUUCUGUUGAAUAGCCCUAAGGACAUGCAAGUAUUUCCAAGUAUCAGUGACAAGGCACUUUUUGCUGCAGAAUUAUUGAUUGUCAAGUCUAAAUUUGCGUUGCCACAUAUGACAUCAUUCUGGAUUGAAGCCAUUGCAGCUUUCCAGCAAGGCAGGUAUGCAGAUUGUGUUAUACUAUUACUUCCUCAACUUGAAUGCAGUCUACGUUUGGUUUUUACAGUGGUUAAUAAGUGCCCAAACAGAAUGCUUACUGCUGAGUCUGCUGUUUUAUACACGACUUUUGAUGAGAUCCUGACUGAGCAACUGGAUAGUGGAUCUGAAAAUCAAGUCCCAUACACUUUGGGAGAACCAGCAAUGGAGUUUCUAUUGGACUUUUUGAAUCAUCAGGAAGGCCCACGAAUAAGAGACCAUCUCAGCCACGGGGAAAUACAACUGAAUGAAUUUCCCAAAGAAAUAGCCAAUCAGUUAAUGUUUUUUUCUCUGGUGAUGCUAUAUAAGAAUGUAGAGCAUGAGGAUGUUUUUUUCAAGGAGAUGGCUGAUGUGUUUAAUCCGUUGAUUAAUGCUGUUGAAAGCUACAAAUCAAUGUUUCAUCCAAUUGCUCUACUUCAAAAACAGGUAAUAGAAUGCUGUGACAGUCUUCAAGAGUGGACACAUCUUCCAUCUCCUCCUGAUCAUUCUGAACAAGUUAGAAAGGUAGAAGGCAGUGCAGACCCUGGAAUGUUGUUCACUCAUGAAACACUAUAUAUUAUAUCCUUGCAUAAACACCAAAUAAAGGAUUUCACUGAUGUGGAGGAUUUGGACUACUGCAUUUUAACAGACAAGUUUACAACUAUGACCAACCUUUGCAACAAGCAUAUUAAGAAAUUGUUUUGCCAUCGAUGGGUUGUGGAAGUGGUUGGUAUUCUACGUAAAGUGAGCACACAACUUUACCUUAUAUCAAGAAAUGUUAUAUUUAUCUCAGAGCUCAGGUAUGAACAAUGGAUGCAGAAAGCACUACGCUCCCGUCAAAGGCAGAACUACAUACGUAUGUUGUACAGCAUCAAGAUCCUAACUCCUAUUCUUCGAUUAUUUGUAAUGUUGGUGAUUGUGAAUAUGCAGAACAUACACACAAUUCUUGAGAAGAAUUUAGUGGAUUACCAGAAAUAUAUAAAGUAUCUAAAAUCAAUUCUACAGUAUGCAGAGAAUAUGUCUUCUUACACAAGUUUUGAGAAGAACAGAUGGGAUGAAACUAUUGAACUAACCAGAAGAAUUCUCUUAAAAAUAACGACGUUCAAUGAUAAGCAUGAAUUAUCUCAAGCAAUAAAAGAUAACCAGCCAUAACAAUGUUGUUGUCAAUAUAAAAGAUUCCAGUGACAUUCAAUCUGGAAAGGCAAUUAAAUAAAAUACAAAAUAACAGCUACUGCUAGAGCCAUUCCAUGAAAUGCUUCAGAAUAGAACUUUGCCCAUCACUGUUUUGUCUUUUUUAAAAUGAUAAUCUAUAUAUUUUUUUUUAUUUUAAAGGAACAGGAACUCCAAAAAAUUAAAGUGUUUAAAAU